AGACGAGACCAUCAGUCUACGUUAAGACGUGUAGUAGUAUGUAUCCAUUCUGCGAAAUUUUUGAUUCCGUUUCUUUUCCCCGUGCGUUCAAAUGUGUCAUGCUAGUUAUCUGAGAUUUUGCAAUUGAUUUUUAUCAUUUAUUAUAUGGAACUAUCAUUCUUACGAUAAUAAAUACGUAUAAAAAGAAAUAAAAAGGUGCACGCAAUGUUACCGAUCAACUGUUUACAAUUGGAAUUCUAAACAGCUUCGAGGACAUAUGAUCGAGACAUAGCAGUCUACAUUGAUUCUGUGGAUCCCGAAAUCAUUGAUAACAUACGAUGAUCACCACAAUCUGGUUGAUUUUUUUCCUUGCGCUUUCAACGACUAAUACCAUUGCUUCUCAAUGUAAAGGAGAUAAUAAUUGCACAUGCCAACCAACUUAUUCGAACGAGAUUGAAAUUUAUUGCCAAGCUGAGAAUAAUUCGGAAUUCAUCCUAAACAUUCAUCCGAAGGAAUACUUGCAGAUAACUUGUCAAAAUUGGAAAGGAUGGGAACAUUUUCGUUUUACGAGCACACUACCUGGAAAGGAAUUAAAUUCGCUGCUCUUCCGAAUAUGCGGAUUAUCAAAAAACAUCAGUUUAGGAGACGUGGCUAAACAAAUGGGAGUGGAAACCGUCAACAGUUUACUCUUUCAAUCCUUCAAUAAUCUUAGUGACACAUUAACGAAAGAGCAACUUGAAGGCUUUCCAAUGGUGAAAAAAUUAAUCUUGUCUAGUAAUGGUUUUUCGAAGGUCCCAAAGGAUUUAUUGAUGAACUUUCCUGAAUUGGAGCGCCUUGACUUACACGAAAAUAAUCUCGAAUUACCAAUUGGUAUUUUCGAUUUCACUCCGGAACUCAAAGAACUCGAAUUAGGCAACAAUGGAAUGAAGACGAUCAAAGUUGGGAUGUUCGAUAAAUUAGGAAAACUUAAUUUUCUAAAUAUUUGGGGGAACCAAUUGACGGAAAUCGAAAUAGGACUAUUCGACAAAUUAGUCUCAUUACAAUCAUUGGAUAUAAGCAGGAAUAAAUUAAUAACGCUACCGUCAAACGUUUUUGAUCAAUUAAAGAAACUGGAGAAACUUCAUCUUUCUUUUAAUAAUUUCUCUUCGCUACCGGAAGGAUUGUUUAGCCAAACCGAAGCAUUACAAACAGUAAAAUUGACCGAUAAUUACAGGAACUUGACCACCCUGCCAGAUAAUCUUUUUGCAAAUUUGACGAAGCUCGAACUGGUAUUGCUGAAAAAAAAUGGACUGAGAAUUCUACCAGAAAAUUUAUUCUGGGGUGCGUCGUCGUUGAAGAAUAUCAGCCUAGAUAGAAACUUCCUUAUUACUUUACCAAAGAAUAUUUUUAAAGGUCUAGACAAUGUUGAAAAACUCGACUUGAAUUUCAAUGACAUCGUAACUCUUCCUGAUAAAAUCUUUGACGACAUGAACAAAUUAACUAAACUUGAUUUAUCUAUGAAUCGUAUGGUUUCUUUAUCUAGACAUUUAUUCGAAGGCUUGAAAUCUCUAACUGAACUGAACAUGGAAAAAAAUAAAUUAAAAACCAUCGACAGUAACACUUUUACUUACGUAAGAAAUCUACGAGUUGCUAAAUUCUCUCACAACGAGCUUCAAUUGAAUUCAUCCGAAUAUCAGAAUAUUAAUCUGUCACCAUUUUAUAAAUGUGAUUUGCUGGAAGAAUUAUAUUUAUCUAACAAUAAUAUAUCAGAAAUAUAUAGCGAUUGGUUGAUAAGUGGCACGCAUUUACGAUUAUUAGAUCUCAGUUACAACGACAUAAACAUCAUAUCGAUGGAAGAUUUGCAAUUCGUAUCGAAAGAAAUUAAAGUCAAUCUGAGUUAUAAUAAAAUAAGACACAUUUUAUUGGGCCAAGCCGAAAUUAUCGGAAGUUUUCAAGAGACUCCACGAGACGUGAUCAUAUACGUCGAACAUAAUCCCUUACUCUGUGAUUGUAAUUUGUACGAAUUUUUGCGUUUUCUCGAGGGUAGAAUGCAUCCAAAUGUUCAAAAUUACUUUCACAUUGUAACAGGAAAUUUAACGUGCGUCGAACCAAAUGGAGUAGACGAAAUAGAAAUUAGUCGAUUACAUUCGAAGACUUUAAAAUGUGUCGAGGAACAACACUUGUAUGUUAAAAGCAAGUGUCCAGUUAAUUGUUCUUGUUGGAUAAUCCCGGAAGAUAAAGCUCGUUUAAUAGAUUGCUCAUAUACAAAUUUGUCUGAACUAUUGAUCGACAAGGCAGAAAUGAACGAUUUGAAACCUAUUAAAGGUUAUCAUAUAAAAUUGAAUAUUACUGGAAAUGCUUUAAUAGAAGCACCGUCUACAGAACUUUUAGGAUCAGAAUAUGUGACGGAUUUAAUUCUGUCUAACAACAAUAUCACUAAAAUUUCACUUGACAAAUUACCAAAAAAUCUAAAAGUAUUAGAAUUGCAUAAUAACAAUAUAUCUAGAAUUGAUUUGGAUGUACUGGAUUACUUGAGGAAUAUGACUUCACUGAAAAAACUUACUUUGCAUAAGAAUCCAUGGAAAUGCGACUGCGAUGCACGAGACUUGCUUAGCUUUAUCCAAUCGAAACUAAUAGAUCUUCCUGAUUUAAGAAAAGUCACGUGUAAUAACAUGAAUAUUUCUAUGUUAGAAAUGACUAUUAAUGAUUUUUGUCCAAUCGAGACAGUGAUAGUCAUUGGCAUAAGCUUUACAGUCGCAUUAUUGUGUUUGUUUAUCGGUGGACUAGUAGCACUAUAUUACAAAUACCAACGAGAAAUCAAAGUUUGGUUGUACGCCCGUCAAUGUUGUUUAUGGUUCGUCACAGAAGACGAAUUAGAUAAGGAAAAGAUAUAUGAUGCAUUUAUAAGUUAUUCGCAUAAAGACGAAGAAUUUGUUGUAAACGAAUUGGUACCAAAGUUGGAAAAUGGUCCAAGACCGUACAAAUUGUGUUUGCAUUACCGUGAUUGGCUAGCAGGUGAAUGGAUUCCAACGCAAAUCACACGUUCAGUGGAACAAUCGAGGAGAACGAUUGUUAUAGUGUCACCUAACUUUUUAGAAAGUGUUUGGGGUGCGAUGGAAUUUCGUGCAGCUCACAGCCAAGCUAUGAACGAAGGUAGAGCCAGAGUUAUAUUAAUUUUAUAUGGUGAUAUUGGCCCUACGGAUAAUUUAGAUACUGAAUUCAAAGCUUACAUAAAUAUGAAUACGUAUGUUAAAUGGGGCGAUCCGUGGUUUUGGGAUAAGUUGAGAUACGCGUUACCACAUCCGCCAGAACUUACGAGAAAACUAAUUAAAAAGAAAAUCUUUGAGAAACAUUAUCCUUGUAUACAAAUCAAUGGAGAAAAGAAAGAAUUAAUAUAUCCAUCUGGAAUCCCUGAUACACCACCAGCUGUGACUACUCCACCGGCGGAUUCACUUAAAGUGUUCAUAUGUGACCAAAGUGACAAAGAUCCCUACGGGAACAACGAUGAAAAUGAAAUAACUAAAUUGAAUGAUAGUAAGAGAUUCAAUAUUGUACCAGAAUGCAAAGCGAUCCAUAAAAACUUGAUAAAUAAAAUGCAAUGCACUACUGUUUAAUUCUAAAAUAAGUAAUAUCAAAAUAGUGCAAUAUCAAAAUCACGCCUGUGAGAUAUUCUAAGUUACUCGAUUUAUCUGUGUUUUUUAAUAAUUUUUAAGAAGCAUAAAUAACUUUGAAUUUAUUCAAACUUCGACUGAAAGGACUGAAAUCCAAACAAUGUAAUCGUAAUACUAAUUAUUAGUAUAAUUUUUUUUAUUUAGUUAUAUUUUUUUUCUACGAAAUUAUCCAUAUAUCGUUGAAAAAAACAUAUAGAAAUAUUGAGCAAGACUUGUUCAAAAUCAUCAUAUUUGUUUAGGUAUUAUAAUUAAAUAUAAAUACUCUAAUACAAAAUAUAAUAAUUUUGGAACAACUCUUAAUUUCUAAUAUGCAAUAUUACGCAUUAAUGUAAGCUAGUCCUAUAUGCCCUAUUAUUACUUUUCCAUGUAUAUAAUAAUCAUUUCACAUUGACUAUCAUUUUAUAUGCAAUUUAUUAUCAUUAUAUUCGAAUCAAUUUUAUUUAGAAAAACGAUAGUUUAAGCAUUUGUAUAUAUUUUCAACAUUUUCAUUCAAUAUAUUUAUAGUGUAUAUUUUGGAUUUUAAAAAAUAAGAAAAAUAAUAGUACGAACUAGUUUCAGAAAGCAAACAAACCGAAAGAAUCUCUUAAUAAAUACAAUUAAAAGUAAAAUAACGCAAAAAGUAAUUUUACUUACCCAUGACAGCCUUGGUUCGCCAAUUUCAAUCGAUUCAUUGCAUAUAAACUUGAUUUCCGACAUAUAGGAACCUGUAACAGUUAACAUAAAAAUAUAACAAAAAAAUCAAAGAUUCAUACGGAUCGUAAAAAAAUAUAGAUUUAUUUUUUUUACUUACUAUUAAAACAUUUACUGCCAUUGAAAUAUUCAAGUUUUAUACUAUUUCGAUUAUAAUCAAAAAUAACAUUCGAUAAAGAUCCAUAAUUGUUAGAUCCUUGACACACUGCGAAGCCAUUACAAUUUUCUUGUGCUCCACAAAUAUUUAUACUGUAAUUUUUUUCUUUACUUUGCACCUAUAAUUUUAAUUGAUAAUAAUUUACACUCUAUUUUUUUUUAAGUUAUAAAUUAAUGUUUUUGAACGGAAUGAAGACUCACAUAAUGUAUUGGUUGUUUUUUAUACAAUAAAGAAAGAUCGAAUUGAUUUAAAAGAAAUCGAUCUUUUAUUAUACACGGUGGUAUCCAGUUGCCCAUGAUAGCUCCACAAGCAAUAUUAGUUUUCCAUUCAAAAGUAUAUGUACAAUUAUUAUAUUCUUUAAAUUCUGGCAACCCCUAAGAAUAAAAUAAUGUAUUUGAUAUAUAUCUAUAAAAAAAGUCAAAUAAUUUAUUUUUUUAUAAACGUGAAUAUUAAAUAAUUUAAAAAUCCGUACUUCAUUUCUAUCAUCGCAAACAAAUACCAAAACUGAUGAAAUUUUAGUAUCCAUUCUUUCUGGACAUGCCGAACCUUCGAGGUAACGCAAAGUUAUUUGAUCUUUAUUUAUUUGUGGCGCUUCUUUAGGAAAACCUAAAUUCUAAAAUAAAGUAUUAUAUAUUAAUAAUUUUUACGAAAAUAUACAAUUUCAUAGUUAAUUAUAUACUUACAACUUCUUCUACAAGUACAUUAUCAGCAUUUAAUGAAGCUUUACAAAUUGCACUACCGUGUGCACAUUUUAAGUCUGGAGUAGGUAUUAUAGGUCGACAUACAUUUAUAUAAAAUAUAGUACUAUUUAUUUUUACAAUAUAAUUGUUAGUUGAACUUAUUAAAGGAGUUAAAUUAAUUUCAUUAUCUACAGUGGCACAUUUGAUCUAAAAUGAAAUAUUUUAUUUAUUAAAAUGUCACAGAAUAUUGAGAAUUAAUAUAUUUAACUUCAUAAACAAUUUCUGAUUUAUUACUUACUCUUUUUUCACAAACCAAAUUAAGAUUCCAGUGAAUAAUUAAUUGACAAGGAUUUUCUUCCAUAAUAAUUGGAUCGUUUAAUGAUCCUUCAGGUCCACAUAAAAAUGCAAUAAAUGUUUGACGAUAUUGAUUAUUGUUACAUUUGUCACCAUCCGUAUAAUUUAAGUAAGGUCCACCCUGCUGCCACAUCAGAUUUGCGUUAGCCAUACCCAGAGAUGUACCAUUUUCUUUAAGACAAACUCCUAAAUAUGUGAGUUUUAAUAUUUAUAAGCCAUUCCAACUAUAUUUUAUUUAUUAACAAAAAUUAAACGUUAUUUUUCCUGAAAGAUUUUCAUUUAUUUAAGAACAAUUAAAUAUGAAGUUCAUUGAGUAUUAUCAUCGUAGGAUCAUUCUAUUAUUAUACUUAUACUUCUCAAAGAGUGAUGAUAUCAAAGAUAUAUAUAAAUAAAUAAUGCAUAAAAAGCAUACAAUAUAUGCAAUGCAUGUAUUUUCGAUAUGUAGAGUUAUAGAUUAAGAUAUUCAUACCAGUUUGGUAAAGUAGCAAUAAUCAAGCUCAUUGAGUACAAUACAUUAGUAUUAAUAUUGUAAUUCGUUGAUAAAUUAAAGUACAAAAGACAAUAGUUUUUAGGAACUUUCUUAAGAUGGCAACAUAAGUUGUUCCUUCACGAAACAAGUUACCACCUCACUCUUUCAUAUACAAUUUUAUCAAUAAAUUGCAAUACCUUUGAAUUUCACAAUAUAUAGUGUUAGUUUAAUAAAAUCUUAAUUGUAUAUACCAAAAUACUUAACCUGUUCCUGCUUUACAUGUAUUAUCUGCAAUAGCUCCACAUACUCUGAACUUAUACUUUGUACCCUGUGACAGUGAGGUGACAUUGAAAUCUUUAUUCAUUAAAGAUUGUAAAUCAUACCUGCACGAAAGAGUAUAAAUUACUGUGAAGAGUUAGAAGUUAACUGAAUGUAAUUAUUUAAAUACAAAAUUUAAUUCUUA